AUUAGUACCAGAAACAUUGCCAUCUGGGUAUGAACGUUUUCAAUUGUUGUUGUCCCUCGAAAUCGUAACUGUCAAAAGCAUGGUGUCAUGGAUAUUCUGAAGGCGACCAAGUACAAGUGCAGUGUCAGUUCUGUACUGAACAAAGAUGUCAAGCAGUUCGGCAAGUCAUUUAUGUUCGAUGGCGAGGAAGACACAUCGUGGAGCAGCGACCAGGGUCAGCCCCAGUGGAUAACGAUACAGUUUGAAGAGCCUCAAACUAUUGAGCGGUUCCGAUUCCAGUUCCAAGGAGGGUUUGCCGGGAACGAAGGAGGCGUCACGAUACAUGGUGCGGACGGUGCCUGUUUGUACGACAAAGCCUUCUAUCCGGAGGACAUCAAUGCGGUCCAGAUGUUCCCUUUGGAUGGCAGAGUUGAGGGUGCGACGAAAGUGAAGUUCACAUUCAAGUCCAGCACAGAUUUCUUUGGACGAAUAAUAGUUUAUAAGUUGGAGUUGAGCUGAAUAAAUGUUUGUCGUUGUCUA